GCGUCAGUGAUACGGAUGCAAUGUUGGUAAAGGCCACGUCAUUGAUUUUGCCACGUGGGGGAGUUCUGGCAUUCGAGCAUUCUCAAAAGUUGAAAGACAAGGAAGGCAAGACAGGUGUUGAUGCGGAGCUCUUGCUAGAGCAUACACCCAAGCACCACCACCACCAUGGCCACGCUCCCCUUCCCGCCCUCAGCGGUGGCCUCGACAUCGCGCCACCUCGUCGUGGCGUCCGGCUCGACGCUGCACCUCGUGAGCAGCGACAACGCCGUCGUCAACGCCGCGCCCGACGCCGAAGCGGCCACCACCAAGACGAACACGAGCGGCCUGGUGCGCCGGCUGGCCAUCAGCCCGGACAACACGGUCGUCGUCAGUGCCGGCGACGACAAGACGCUGCGCGUGUGGGAUAUCGAGGGCGGGCUCAAGCUGCGCUCGACGAGGAACAUGAUCAAGCGCGUGGCCGACCUCUCGUUCGACCACGACGGCGCGAUCCUCGUCACCGACAAGGUCGGCGACGUGUUCCGGUACCCCGUCGAGCCGCGCGACGUCGACAAGCGCCCGCAGGGCUUCUCGCUCACGUCGGACCCCUCGCUCAACCCCGACGCAGACUACCUCCUCGGCCAUGUGUCCGUCGUGUCCCAGCACGCCCUCACGCCCGACGGCAAGCACCUCAUCACGGCCGACCGUGACGAGCACAUCCGCGUGAGCAGGUACCCCCUGACCUACGUGAUCGACCGGUACCUGUUCGGCAGCGAGGGCUUCGUCUCGGCGAUUCACGUCCCCGCAGGCCACCCCACCCUCCUCGUGUCGGGCGGCGGCGAGCCCACCCUCCAGAUCUGGGACUGGGCCGCGGGCAAGCUGCUCUCCCGCGUCGACGUGCUCGCCUCUGUGCUCCCUGCGCGCCGGUACCGCCCCGCGACGCGCCGCGUCAAGACGAAGCGCAACCAGCCGCCCAAGGCUGCCCCUGCUGGCCCGGCACCGAGCGACGACCCCACCAACGAAGGGUGGUACGUCGCCCCCGAGGGAUCAAUGUACCCCGUUGGCAAUGGCGUUGUCGUCGACCGCAUCACGUCGGUCGUUGUCGACGGCGUCACGGUCGUCGUGUUCAACGUUGAGGGCGGUGCUGCUCUGCACUCGUUUGUGCUCCCCACCGAGGCGUCGGCCGCGUCCCCAGAGGUGUCGUCGGUGACCUUCGCCCACCCCGUGCUUGGCCUCACGCCUGUGCCCGGCACCCCCUCGAGCUUGUUGGUCGCGCUCGACUCGACGUUUGGCGUCCAGAAGGGUGAUGCGGAGCUCGACCAGGCGCGCGCGGGCCAGUCGUUUGCCGUCGUCGCUGCCGCUGCUGAUGGCAAGCUCUCGGAUGUCUCGGCGGAGCAUCAGCCCCUGCUGUCGGCCCUUACUCAAUCCCUGGCUGCGUCCGAGUCGCUCGCGGCGACACCAGCGGCCCUGUCCCAGCUGGCACUGUACCCCAACCUCGGGCUGUUCCCCCGCUGGCCAGGGUUCGAGGAGGACGAGGAGCUGGCCGGCACGGCCGAGGACGGCGUGGCGGCUGGCGGCGACGACAAGGAAAAACUCAACACGCGGCAGCUUGGACGGAUGAAGGCACGGGGAGCCGACGUGCAAGAUCUGAUUCCGAAGAAGAACAAGAAGCGCAAGAAGAGUGGCAAGGGUGGCGCCGCUGCCGGGGGUGGUGGUGGUGGCGGCGGCGGUGCAGAGGACGGGGGCGAGGAGGAGGAGGUCAACGUGGCGUUUGCAUAGAGGGGUAGGCGGAGAGGCAGCGGCAAAAACGGG